AUGAAUCCACAAAUCCAAUUGAUCCUGAACGAAUCAGACACCGUCGUCAUAUCUCUAAAUCAACACAGCAUAAUGGAGCCCAAAGUUAUCGGGUUCAGUAUAUACAAAAUGCCCAAAUUCCUCACAGAAACAGCAUCGCCUGCAUUCUUCAAAAAGAUCAAGAGCGCCAUCAACUCACAAUACACAAACAGUCGCCAAGUUAGUCACAGGUGUCAAUUGGAAACUGGCGCUUACUUAGUGAUGCCUACGACGUUUGAGCCGAGAGAAGAAGCAAACUUUUCUUUAAGGGUUUUCUCAAACAAGCCUCUGAAGAUGAAGGUUUUGGAUUACGCCCCUCAAAUGCUGAAGGCAGCUUUGAUCAAGGCCCCUCCAGGAGUAGAGUCCAGUAGUUUCGCGCAGUACGAAGCUGUAUUCCUCCAACUAGCUGAUGAACACAGAACUAUAGACGCGUUUGAACUUCAGGAAUUGUUGGACGCAUGUUUGCCAAACGAUUACAUCAAAAGCUGUGCAUCCAUAGACACGUGUAGGCAAAUCGUACUCUCGAUGGAUAAAAACGGCACAGGUCGAAUAUCGUUAUCAGACUUUAAAGACUUGAUGUGCAGUCUGAAACACUGGCAGCUCGUUUUCAAGACUCAUGCGAGAGAGAAGAUGGGCGUAUUAAGGGCGGAACGGCUCAGGGACGCACUGAGGGAAGUCGGCUUCGUUGUACCGGAGAGGGUACUCGCCUUACUAGUGCUCCGGUACAUGAGGAAAGAUGGCAUGCUCAGGUUCGGCGAUUUCGUCUCCGCCGUCAUGCAUCUUCAUCGGGCAUUUAUGGUUGAAAUGCGCUUUGAUGUGUUAACACCAUUAUAUGAAGACAAACAAGAAAUCUGGAUAAUUCAACUAAGGAAAAGAAAAAAUAUCGGUUGA